AUGGUGAACUGGAACGAUCCUGACCUCGAAGCGAAAUUGGGGAUACUGUUAGUACAGUUGUUGUAUGCUAUCCUUGGCUUAUACGGCUGGGAAUAUAUACGCUCCUCACACGUGGAGAUAGCACUACUUCGGAGGCAGCUUCCAUUUCGAUGGCCUUUGCUCUCGUACAUUACCGCCAGAUUCAGCUUCUUGAUUGUGACUAUUUUACACGCGACGCAAUCUAGUCCCUUCUACACAAGAAUUGAUUGUCAGAGCAUGAAUUUUAUGAUCCUGUUCUCGACAAACGUUGCCAUCUACUGCUCCACAACAAACCUGAUGAUCAGAACGUGGCUGAUUUGGAAGACCAGUUACCUGCUGCGCCUUUUGCUAGUCCUCUUAUCACUAGGUCAUUGGUCAUUGCUCACUCUCUUCUUGGUAACCGUUCGUGCAUCCACCAUAAAUGGGGUGUGCGUGAUCAAUUCUGUCAAUCCCGCAUAUGCUAGUGCGGUGAUCAUAUAUGCCAUGUUAUAUGAUUUGGCACUUUUGGUCUUUACCGUUAUUGGACUAUCGAGGAUACCAUCGUCUUCUACGCUAUGGAAGACGCUUGUGAAACAAGGGGUGAUAUAUUUCAUCUUCAAUUUUCUAGCGAACCUUAUCCUAUUGGUCCUGAAUCGUUUGAACCUGAAUCCUAUCAUGAAUGUUAUGUUCGGAAUGCCUGCGGCAUGCAUUUGCACGAUUGCAUCUAACCAAGUGGUUCUCUCGCUUCUCCGUCCUUCGUCCGAUUAUGAAAGUGACAAUACUUCGUCGGCUAAAGUGCAUCCUGUGACGACUGACCUCACCGUCACCGUGCCAUGGUCCCCGUCUGUGGCUGAAGCCUCUGAGAGUAUUUGUUCAGAGUCACCACAAGUACUACACCGUCCCUACGUAGUUUCAUGAGAGGAUUUGUAUUUCAGAUUCGACGUAUGGCUAAACAUGUCUAUCUUUUCCCUAUGAGUCGAUGAAAGUCGACAUGAAAGUAUCGAUUCAUGGUCAAAUUCUUUAACAGGUGUUUUGAUUGGAACGAUGAAC